GUUAGAAAUAAUUUAUUCCAAGACGAGGGAGAGUGAUCUCGCGAUAUUUCUGCCUUGGAGACAAGAACGCUUACACUAGAAACAGAAAGCAACAAGAUAAAGUUCCUCAUGGAAGAAACCGAAUCAUUGUGGAAUAUUAUCGUGGAGCAUGUCCCAGAGUCAGAGCUCUCAGAGAUCCGGGUCCUUCUUGGAGAUGCUCUGAUUGACAUAUACACAGAGAUGUAUUCAGAGGUCACUAUGUGGCAGCAGAUUUGGCAGACGUUGCGCCUUAAACAGGGUAACAGGCCGAAGGCCCCUCGCUGCCCCCUGGCGGACCCCCCUGCUAUCAAGGAGCUGCUGAAAGCUGAGAUCCAACUGCUGCUGGCCACCGUGAGAGAGAGAGCAGCCCAGGAGGGCAGGGAUGCAGACGCAGACUUGUUCCGGUACAGUCCUAGUGUGGUGAAUUAUGCCUUGGGUGUCCCGAGCAACCGUUGCGACACUGUGAAUAGUAGGCCUACCUCUAGUGGAAUACAGUUCAGCCAGAGUCAACAUGUAGGAAGGUCCUGUUCACAGAGCUCAGUCACUUCUACUACCAACCAAGAUGACAUUGAUGCCAUGAGACACAUGCUGAACAUCACCCACAUCGACGACAUUGUGGCCCACCUCAAAUCAGUCCUGUCAGAAGAAUGCAAUGUGCUGAAAAGCCAAGUACAGUUUCUACAGGAGAGUGUGGAACAGGAGCACCAGACGCAGCAUGAUGUCACUGAGGCUCCAGAGCCCACUGUAACAGAGCUUAAGAAGGAGAGGAGAGCCAUCCAGAUGGAUAUGAAAAGGCAGAGCCUCAGCCUCACCCACUGUCCCUCCUCCUCCCCUGUGGAAACAAGCCUGCAGAUCAGAUCCAGGUCGACUGGAUGGACAGGUUUUCCUGCAGAUGAGACACAGAGACACUUGAUCCCUGUGGUGGCCACCAGACCCCAUCCUCCUCAUACCAAGCCACCUCUAGUAACAUCUCUAGUAAGGAGUACUCCUCCAUUAGACAGGAUGAGAGGCCAGCCACGUAGCUCACCCAACACCAGAGAACCCAGCCCUCUCCAACCGUCUAAAUAUGAACAGCUAAGGACUUACAACCAGAGCUCUGAGGCUUCCCACACCUGCAACAGAGGACCCACCACCACCGAAGACAGGGACAGCUACCUACCACCCCUGGUACUCUCUGCCAGUACAGUAACCAGCCUUGAACCCUACCUUAAUCCUCCCUCAGAAGAGAGAGUAAAGGGCAGAACUUGCAGGCGUAGUGGUCAGACUGUGACUGAGGGAGCUCAAAGACAUGAUGACUCAUGGUCAGACUCAGUGAACAGCUGGCCCUCUUUAUCCUCUGGUGGACACUGUCCUCUAGGCUCCUCCACACAGCCUCCUGGGAGCAAAGGGAGCUGUGAGCAGAUGAGCCCCGUAAGGAUGUUCCACCCUGCUCCCCCCACCAUGCAGAGGCCAGCCAGUAGAGGGCAGAGUGUGGCCAGGCACAUGUGUCUGCCACAGCGGGACAGCCUGGUCAGCUCCUUGUGAACUGAACUCUUUACUACAGAAGAAGAUUGUUUUUUUGACCAAUCAGAUCUGAAAAAGAUCUGAUGUGAUUGGUCAAAAGACCGAUUUAGUGGGAAACGUAUCAUUAUUGUGCUGCUUGUAUAAAGGCAACCUCUGAUACUGUAAUAUAUGUUCUAGCUGCAGUCUGGUCAAUGUAUGAGAUAUCCUCACAAACAUGUAUCUUAUCACAGGUCAAUAGUACUCAUACUUGUAAAAGGGAUGUCGUAAUCUCUUUAAUAUAAAGAAUGAGUGCUGGCAUUGGCUAGUCUUCCACAAUGAGACAAGAGGCACAGGGAUGUUAUAUGGUGAUUUUCAAGAGACUGGUAGAAGACCUGAAAGAGAACAAGACAAUAUGGUUGAAUGCUUUUGAAAUGAUUAAACAUUUGAUCUACAUAUUCAACCAUUUAAUGAAUGCAUUUUGAAUAAAUAUGAAUGUAUUUGGAUAAAUGUU